GGUUCGAAUCGGUUAAGCCGGUUAAGGAACAGGUCGGUGUUGUGGCUUGUCCUUGUUGCGAAAGGCAAAACCAAUCCAUCGUGCAAGCAAAAACUUCGAGGUUAAAAACCUUAAAAGCGGCGAGGGCAACCGUAAAAACCAUUCUCCGACACAAGAAACGAAUUGUCUCAAUACUCAAAAAAAACGAAUCCCUUAAGAAGAUGGCGAGAGAUAGCUGUUUGGCCAAAAUCACUGCCGGAGUUGCCGUUGGCGGCGCACUUGGCGGCGCAGUAGGUGCUGUCUAUGGAACUUACGAGGCGAUUAGAUACAGGGUUCCUGGGCUUAUGAAGGUUAGAUACAUUGGGCAAACUACCCUCGGCAGCGCAGCAGUUUUCGGGCUUUUUCUAGGUGCAGGCAGUUUGAUACAUUGUGGCAAAGGCUACUGAUUCCCUUACAUUGGUUUACCUCUAGAAGCUUUUAGUUUGUAUCUCUCAUAGUCUCUUGGUGAAAGAUUGGAUUCUCUUUUUGAAAGAUAUUGACCUUUUUGUUGAAAUAAGUAUUGGAUGAAUCGUUUUUAUAUGUUUCUGCCCCUCUCUGUGUGAAUUUUCAUCUCUUAUGUUUGGA